CUUCGCAAAGACUCGCGUUUGUGAUGGCGGUGCGGCGUGGUUAACUGUGGAGGUGAAACGGACACAAUUUUUUUUCACUGGUUCUCCUUGACGCUUCGUCGCGCUUCCUUGCUUAGGAUUGUUAGCGACAGCUUAGUGCCUGAGCCAUGGCCAGCACUAUCCUUCACCGGUUGGUGGGCAGCACCCACGUAACGUUCAGAACUCUGGCGAGCAAGCAGUGUUCGGCACCCUGCGCCUCCCGAUUAUGGAUCGCACAGCGCUUCUUGGCUACACCGACGCCCGCAACAGCGAAAAAGGUGUUCCAGAGGGAGAAGCCGCAUUGUAACAUUGGCACAAUUGGUCACGUCGACCAUGGUAAAACUACGCUCACGGCAGCCAUAACGAAGGUGCUCGCCGAUGAGAAGCUGGCGGCCGCAAAGAAGUACGAGGAGAUCGACAACGCACCCGAGGAGCAAGCGCGCGGCAUCACCAUCAAUGUCGCGCACGUCGAGUACGCCACGAAGAAUAGGCACUACAGUCACACCGACUGCCCCGGUCACGCCGACUACAUCAAGAACAUGAUUACCGGCACGUCUCAGAUGGACGGAGCCAUUCUGGUAGUGGCCGCGACAGACGGCGCCAUGCCACAGACCAGGGAGCACUUGCUCCUCGCCAAGCAGAUCGGCAUCGAGCACAUCGUGGUCUUCUUGAACAAGGCCGACGCGGCCGACAAGGAGAUGCUGGAGUUGGUGGAGAUGGAGCUUCGCGAGCUGCUUACAGAGUACGGCUUCAAUGGGGACGACGUGCCCGUCGUCACCGGCUCUGCCCUCUACGCUCUCGAGGGCAAGGAGCCGGAACUGGGCAGGGACGCCGUAAUCAAGCUUCUCGAGACCGUGGACAGUCAUAUACCGACGCCCGCGCGCGAUCUGGACAAGCCUUUCCUGCUCCCCAUUGAGUCCGUCCACUCCAUCCCCGGCCGUGGAACGGUAGUGACAGGUCGGCUUGAGCGCGGCACCCUAAAGAAAGGCAUGGAGUGCGAGAUUCUGGGCUACAACAAGUACUUCAAGACGGCCGUUACGGGCAUCGAGACGUACCACAAGAUCUUGGAGGAAGCACAGGCCGGUGACCAACUGGGCGCCCUUGUGAGGGGCGUCAAGAGAGACGAGAUCCGAAGGGGCAUGGCCCUGUGCAAGCCGGGCACCAUAAAUCAACACGACCACUUCGAAGCGCAGGUUUACGUAUUGAAAAAGGAGGAGGGUGGCAGAGAAAAGCCCAUUCUCAAGUACUACCAGUCCACGAUGUACUCCAGGACCUUCGACUGCGCGGCCAGAGUGUUCUUCGAAGGCCGCGACAUGGUCAUGCCCGGAGAAGACGCCAAGCUGGAAGUCAGAUUGCACAAGCCCAUGGCACUGGAACAGGGGCAGCGUUUCACUUUCCGGGAAGGCCGGGUUACGGCGGGAACGGGAGUUAUCACGAAGGUCUUGUCCAACCUGACUGAGGAUGAGAGGCAGGACCUCACCAUGUCCCAGAAGCAGAGGGAGAAAGCCGCCAUGAAGAGGGCCGGGCAGAAGCCCUCGUAGGGCGCCUUGGUGCUGAUUCUGCCUAGCAAGUUCGACUAAAGACACUGUAGAUUUCUUACUUUUCUCAUUCGUUUCAUUUGCUUGUCUUGCACCAAUAAAGAGUCAUUGUUAUUGUA